GAAGCCACGCGGGUGGUACGCGUGGCUCGCGGUUGGUUCAGACGGUCACGCAGCGCGUUCUUAUCGGGAAUAUUCGAAGCCAAUCGCACCGCCGGAAUCGGCCUUCAGACACCAUGAGUACUGUCAGCACCACGCCGCGCACGACGAAGUACAGCAGUGAGGAAGAGGUCAAGUUCAAAGUAGAUGUCGCCGGUGGCGUAUCGCAAAGAAGGGGCGAGUCCUAUGAUUAUCUGGUGAUCUGCGCCGUGCUCAUCACAGCAGUGGUUCUGAAGAAGCUGCAGCGCCGGAUCCACUUUCCGUACACGGUGUUCAUGUUCAUCGCGGGCUUCGGGUUCUCGUACCAGGACGCGGAGAACGAGAGAAGACUCGACUCGCUCUCAAUGUGGCUGCGGAACAUUAAGUUCCACGUGCUCAUGGUGUUCGUGCCUGCGGCAACAGUGUACGCCACGCAGGGCAUCAACCACUUCAUCUUCCGCAGAUGCCACCGGGAGAUCACCGUGUUCUCCGUGGGAACACUGGGCAUCAGCACGGUAGUGUCGGCGCUGUACGCGUACACCUUCCUGGGCACCAAGGGCAUCAACAACUGCCUGCUGUUUGGCAUCCUGCUCUGCUCCUGCGAACGGCUGCCCAUCGCCGACCAGCUGCUCGAGGAAGGCCGCUACCCCAUUCUGACCACCAUGUUGCAGGCUGAGUCCAUUGUCAACAACCUCUUCGUCUGGUCCGUCCUCGACACCGUCGAGGCCCACAACAACCAGGGCGUGACGACCGUGCUGAACCACCUGCUGGUGUCGCACGUGAUGGGCGCCUUGGGCGGCGUAGCUAUGGGCGCCGUGGCCAUCUGGUCGCUGCGCUUGGCGCCGCAGAGCCAGAGCAGCAACACAUUCCUGCACAUCUGCCUGACGUACGCGACCUUCUGCCUGCUCGAGGUCAUGGGUACUUCGGGCGUCGACGGCGUGGUGGCCUUCACGCUCAUCACCACCUCGCACCGCCUCGUCGCCUGCACCGAGCUCGAGGGCCUGCUGCACAAGUAUUGGUCGGCCAUCUAUGACGUCUCGGGCUUCCUCUCGCUCUUCAUGUCGUCGCUGUACGGCGGCGAGCUGCUCUUCAUCUUCGCCCGCAGCAAUAUCCUCUCGCAGGUGGCGCUGGCGUACGGUGUGCGCAUCCUCGCAAGGCUGUUCUCAGUGGUAGCCCUGUUUCCGAUCAUCGAGCAAUUCGGCUACCCGGUGUCGUGGCGCCAGGCUGCAGUAACGGUCUGGAUGGGACUCAAGGGGCCGCUCAACAUCACUGUUGUCACCUUCCUUUACCACCAUCAGUCGACCAUCAACGUUGAAUACGUCGGAGGGACGUUUCCCUACAUCGUGUGCGACAUACUUCUGGGCCAGCUGAUAAACGUCGCUUUCCUCGAGUUCAUAUUUAGGACCUUUGGAGUGCUGGAGGUGUCCGAGAUAGAGCAACGCACCAUGUCAAGCGCUGUGACGUACCUAAAGGACCACGUGAUGGUGUCCAGCCGAGUUCAGGAGGCCGAUUCUUACUUCCGGCCGGUCGACUGGAAGUGGGUACUACGCCACACCAUCAUCGAGAAUCCGUUCGCCUCGGGACAGAAACCGUGGUUCAACAUUGCCGGGAAAAGGAGGCCUGGCCAACGUGAAGCCCAGACAAGGGCGGAGCACUUCGCCGUUGAAAACGUGCUGAGAAUCGAGCAGGUGAGCUAUUCGAGGCAGUACCGAGAAGGAAUGAUCCAGAAGAGCACCAUGAUGACGCUGCUGGCUGCCCUGCAGUACCCGUUCGACAAGAAAGUCUACAUGGGCGCGGACACCAUCGAAUCGCUCAUCGACAUUCCCGAUUGGAUCAAAUGGACGAAAGAGCGCCUGUCGGUGUCAAGCUUCGGCGAGGACCUCAUGGACGACACGGAGUCCUUCCAGAGCCAACUGGAGCGGAACCUGCAGGAGCGCAUCAUCGACAUGUUCGAGCACAAGUACUACGAACUGGUCAUCACCAGCACCACGCUCACCUUCCUCACGUGCCUGCUGGGCAUGCUGCUCAACACGCCGCUGCCGCCCAAGCCACGCUCGGACGCCAUACUGGUUAUCGAAGGCGUCUACAUCAUCCUCUUCGCCGCCGAGAUCACCACCAUGAUAACGGCUUACGGGCACCGGUUCGUGCGGCUGGACAACUACAACAAACUGGACCUGGUGCUGGUGGCCACGUGCAUCUUCGUGUUCGUCAUCCAGUUCACCAUAUACUUCCUGGUCGCCGCUCAGUACCAGUACCAGACCCUCCCCACGGCCAUCUUCAUCCUGGCGAUGUCUGUGCGGCUGGUCCACGCCGUCAAGUACAUCGAGGUGGUCCAGGACUGGCUGCUGGACUUGCUGCACCGGUACCUGGACAAGAUCAUCUACGCGGCGUACGAGACCUCGCUGGCCAUCAUCACGGGCGAGGAGGAGGUGCAGCAGAACGUGUGGAAGUACGUGCACUCGUCCGACCUGGCGCUCGAGACGCGCAGCCGGGCCACCAACAACCGGCUGAUCGUGCUGCGCAACCUGGUCGAGAUCCAGUCGCGGUUCCCGGGCAUCGCGGUCGCCUUCAAGAGUCGCCAGGCGGGCCAGACCAUCUUGAACGACGUGUCGGCGCACGUGGCCGAGAUGCAGCGCGACGGCUUCUUCACCGAGGAGCAGCACCGCGAGCUGUACCAGAUGCUCAAGGACAAGAUGAUGGGCAUCAUUUGCGCGCCCAACAGCCUGCCGGCGAGCUACAAGCCGAUCGCCGUGCUGCGCGUCAUUCCCUGGAUCGGGUCCGACAGCGUUCGGCAGUUCCUCGCUAUGCAGCUCAGGCCAGUGGCUUACGGGGCUGGCGAUGUCAUCGUCGAGAAAGGCUGCGAGAGCCAUGUCCUCAUUACAUACUCGGGCAUUGUCAAAAUCGAGGGCGAGGUGGAGUACCGUGAGGAUGGCGCACUUCCGAACUCGUCGUCGUCCCUGUUCUUCUUUAGCGACGAGUACUUCGAGGACUACCUGGGCGCCCCUGUCACGCUGGGAGCCCUCGGCCUGGUCAGUGACGAGCCCACCGUGACGCGAGUAUCCGCCGAGACGCCCGUCAAUGCGUACAUUAUUCCCCGGAGCCGCGUUGUGGAGGCGAUACAGAUAUUCACCAAGUCUCCUAGUUUCCUGUACCAGAUAUGGUACUAUAUCGCCAACAUUUUCGGCGUGCUCAUUUUACAAACUCAAGCCAAGUACCAGACGUGGCCCGUGGAGAAGAUCAAGAUGCGGUUGAGCUCGUUCCUGCUCCCGGACUUGGCAAGCGCGCACGACUUCCUCGUGAGUCCGGACAUCGAGGACAUUCUCCUGAUACAGGGAACGCUAGUAGACGUGAACAUCGGGGACCUCUACGUGGCGCCGGCUUACAUUCCCCGCUCCGUCAAGAGGUUCAUUUUCCCCGGUGACUUCGCGACACGGCCGCGACCAGUGAUUAUUGUGAUUUCGAAUAAGCAGUACAAGUUGCCGCUGGAGUUCGACUGGCUGCGCCGGGUGCCCACGGAAGAGGAGCGUAUCGCAGAGAUGGAAGCCAGUCGACGGGGCGACAUUGGACGGGAGUACCGGUACCUGAACAAGCGCAGGAACACAGAGCCGGACUUCUAGCCGUCGCCAACAUUGCCUUUGGAUGAUCCGGCUCCGUCGUUCUAUCUGUGCUAUUUAGAUGUGUUUUUUUUUCUUCUUAUUUACGUAAACAUUAUCGAUACUGAGCUGCUGCUUGGGUGAAUUGGCAAAGGGAGCUCACCUCGAACUUGGCGCGUUGUGCGCUGAAGGCUGCAGGGCGUCUGGUUCCCUUUCCGAUCCCUUCCCGAGGCACUAAGCACUGCAGCCAGCGUAGACAAUAGGACAACGAUUUCUGUCCGCCAAAGAGGCCGUUUGGUACUCGAGCCUUUUGCUGCGUAUGUGUAUGUGUUUUGUGUAUGUGCGCGCAUGUAUUGCCGCCGCGAUUACGUGCUUGUAAUAUUUGCCCGCUCACUAAUACUCUGCUAUGUUAAAAGGUGCAUCAUCAGUAGAGCGAUUUACUUAAAACGCAUAUCGUUCUAUCUGCAUGUAGAUUCCUGUUUGUUUUUCUUUAUUUACGCGACAAAACAUGCCUAUUGCUCUCGCACAGUUAUUUAACCCACAGACUACAUACAUCAACAUAGACACUCGUUUGACAUUAAGAAAAUCUCGUGUGGAGUCCCCCAAUUACUACCUUUGGGGACUCCUGACGUGUGCCAGCAGUAAAGGGCCCAUGUUACUGGGCCAGAUUCUUUUUAAUCACAUCAGAAUUGCGAAGGCUAAUUCAACGCUUGAGCAUAUAGAGAAAUGGACACAUGCAUUAAAAGUUGAUACAACUAAAGACUGAAGCAAAGGCCACUCUUUUUCGUCCGAAAUAGAACCCGUCAUAUACGCUGACCAUACAUUAUUCUCUUUCACAUCACAAUUGCAAUCACUAACGCUAAGGCCACUCUUUUUGGUCCUAAAAAUCGAAAUCUACACCUAAUUAACGACAGUAUGUCUACUGGCUCAAGAAUCGAAUGGAUGUAGCAAGAUCAUUUCAGAAAAAUUAUGACGUGGGAUUAAAUUGCAACAAAGCUCUCUCACGUCAUAGGAAUAACGUAUACUAACAAAUGGGUUAGUCAAGCCAUUUCGAGCUUUUUUCUCUCUCCCCCGUCACUGUAUGGAUGGAAAUAAAGUCCCAUUAUUAUUGUAUGGCUGGAAAUAAA